GAAUUCAUGAAUUAUGCAACACUAAAGACAAUACUCACAACCAAGAGUCCAAGGGGUAGAAUAGCCUGUUGAGUAGCAAAUGUGAUUACCUACAAGUUUACUGUAGUACAUUGUAGAGGUACUUAUAAUAAGGACGCAGAUGCAUUGGGUUGUGCAUGUUUUACCAGUCUCAACCAGAGCAGCGCUCAAAUAAACAGCCGGACUAUAAGCAGGAAUAUGAUACGAGAGCAGCAAAUGUGCUAUCCGGAGAUCAAACAUCUCCAAACUUUCAAGGAAAACUAAUUCUUCUGGAAAAGGGGCGUGUCCGAUGGGUGAUAACAGCCGCUCUGCCUCGAUUCGAUUCGAAUAAGAUUGCUCACGUAUUGACUCUCAAAGUAGUUCUACUAUACGUGGUACUGAAAAGAUUCCUCACAGACAACGGAACUGACUUUGUCUCAGAGGCAAUGAGAAUAGGCACAACUGUAAUUCAAGAACAACUGUAUCCAAUAGAGAAGAAAGGUUUAUCUCCUACAUACAAUUUGAAUGCUGCAAUUCCACCUUUAGUGCCACGCCCUCGUCCGAGCAUGAUUGCUAUAGAUGUGCGACCUACAUUGAACACUAAACCCAGCAACAGAAAGAGACAACUUGGUCUCGAUAUGUUCACAAUCCAAAAAGUCACACAUUUAUCUGAAGCCAGUCCUAAAUUUUCUCCUAAUUACAUCACCCUGCUACAACAUCUCUUUCGGCACACAUCUUCCAUCCUCACUCGACACUGUACUGUAAUAUACCCAACCCCCGAUAUCCAACUCUCGGAUGAAUUUGUCAUGGUUGACCGCCGUUAUACUGUGAGGGAACAGGCUAUUCCUACUUUCCAUCGGAGCGACACUCGUUACACAAUAGACUAUAGUUUUGGGCAUGUGUCUUUUCGACCUCGCUUGGCUAACACCGGAAUAAUGCAUUUAUCUCCAUGUUGUACUUGCCGCUCAUUCUUAACCGUCGACCUAGCAAUCCAAGACCAUGCCCCUAGUUAUGGCACAUGGCGCUUUAAUUCUUUUCUCUCUCUAAAAUUCCGGAUUUCGACGUCUUCUACUGGUUUGACUCCACAGGUUCAGUGGAAUUUUUUCUUUAAAAAAAGAGUCAUUAAACUUACUGCUCAAGAAUAUGAUAAACAAGCAUCCCGUACACAUCAGAAAACCACUAAUAGUCACCAAACACAACGUGUGACAGUCCCACGUCUAUCACACAGUGAGGAUCGACGGAUAGAAUCAGAAAAUAUUGAUUAUGAAACUGUACCUGCCAUUGAAGAAAGACAUAGAUACCUUUUCCUCUGGUCCAACACCCCUCGAUUGGAAAAUGAUGAGCAGAGGAAGAAGUAUUUCUUCAAAGUAUUCUGUCAAAGACUGAUUUCUGAUAAUGGAUGGACUAUCCGAAUACUGAUGACGUACCUCAAGGCUUUGGCCUUCUCAUCAUCGACACUAGAUAUCAUGUCGCUCAUUGCCCAUCGAUACGUAAUGUCCCACACUGCUUGCAAGACUCUGAUAUUUCCUUCAGAUGAUUCUUCUUGGUUUUUGAGGGCAGAGGCAAGAUAUAUUGUAUCUGAUAUAAUGAUGGGACACAGAGGCAUGUCAACUGCUCCCGGAGACACCCACAGCAAAUGGCCGGAAUUUCUGGAUUUCAUGUCAUAUGAAGUAGGUCUUCUGGUGAUAAGCGCUGGAAAAAUACAAGAUCCCGCAACUAGCCUAGAGUCAGAAACGUUUUGUGACAUCUUGUUGACUACGGUUACUGGGUAACCCAAGACCGGUCAGAAAUAAAAACUUGUACAAAAAAAUUGCCUUUUUCUUAGUGCUUCUGACUCUGCACUGUUUGUAUAGGACGCCAAAAAUAGAGGGAAAGUAGCAGUGAGUCAAGUCGAGUGACUUGAGAGUUGAAGGAUUUUUAAAGUCGAAAAAGAAAAUGAAUGCCAAAUUGAUGCCUAUUUUCUGCACAGACUGGUAUUUUCUAUAGCCAUAGUGGCGGCUUUAAGAAGGCUAAUGAUUAAACCACAAAAGAUUUAAAAUUCUUUUAUCCCCAAAAAAGCUUCAGAUUAUUAUGCUACCCUUUUUCAUUACUUAGUCAUUCCUAGGUCCAUAUAUCAUUUUAUAGAUAUCGCAUUAGCUUUUUUUUGUCUGGUAGCUCGGGUACGUUCCUUGUUAUCUUCUACUGUGAAUCUCUUUUUAACAAAAUCAAGACAACAGAAAAAGGUAAUAGUAAAACAACAGCCAACCAUAUUAUUAUUAUAGACAAACUUAGUGGCAAGAAAAUGAAUACUGGUGGAAAGACAAUUUUAGUAAAGAACAAAUUAAGGAGAGCUAGUUAACUACGUUGGGUCAUUUUUACAGCUACACCACCACUUCAAAGUUGAUUUUAAUGAGCGAUAUCAAAAGAAAUCCCGCCCGUGCUAUAGUAAACUGAAUGAAUGUUUCAUUAGAAAAUACACCUUGUUUACCUUUCCAAGGAACCCAAGUUUAAUAAGACAGCUUUCAAGUGUAAUAUAGUAGUACCAAAAACAUUAUUAAUAAUAUUUUUUAAAGACAAAUUUAAGAUC